AUGCUCCAAACACUACGCGUUGCGCGUCUACCACUGGUCCUACGCCAGUUCCGAAGUAUGUCAACAUAUCGCUCGACAAUGGCACCAUUACGAAUAGGUUUCGUGCCUGAACACUUCUCUACCCCGCUUGAGUUCGCGAAGAAGCACUAUGGUCUAGACUCGAGACUCCUACCCUUUCCUUCCGGUACAGGCCACAUGGUGACCGCGUUACAAUCCGGUGAAAUCGAUAUCGGCGUGGGUCUCACAGAGGGUUGGAUAGCAGCGCUAGGGAAGGCACAAGCAACAAAGGAAGAUGCUGGAUUCCGAGUAGUGGGGACCUACGUGGAGACAUCACUAUGCUGGGCUAUAUCGGCAGGCGCCCGAAGGGACGACCUGACUAGUAUACAAGAUCUGAAGGGCAAGAAGGUCGGUGUAUCGCGCAUAGGGAGCGGCAGCUACGUCAUGAGCUUCGUCCUGGCAGAUCAACAAGGAUGGCUGGAUACAUCGUCAGGAAGCCCACCGUUUCCCGUCGAGGCCCUAAACACCUUCGCCAACCUCCGCGACGGUGUCAACGAUAGCACGGCAGACUUCUUCAUGUGGGAGCAUUUUACGUCGAAACGAUACUACGACAACGGGGAGAUUAAGCGGGUAGGCGAGAUCUACACACCCUGGUCCUCGUGGAAAAUUGUCGCAGCGAACGACUUGCUGCACCCAACAAACUGGAGCUCAACAUCAAACGCGAGCAAACCAGCCCUCAAGCAAGAAUUGGACGACGUGUUGCAAAAGAUCAAUAAAGGUGUCAAGCACUUUGAGGAAAACCACGAAGAGGCGGUACACUACAUCAGCACGAAGCUCGACUACUCAGAAGAAGACGCGCGGGAGUGGCUGAAGACUGUUCGCUUCUCGCACGAUGUUAGGGGUGUUGACCGUGAUGUUGUCAACAAGACCGUUACUAUCCUGCAGAAGGCUGGCGUUCUGGGCGACCAAAUUGAUCAAACGGCAAUGAUAGGACUCGAACGGAGUGAGGCUAUGAAAUGGGUGUAA